UUUCGGUGUAACACCGGCUCUGGCUCUUAAGUUGCCCAUAUUGGGGACCAUUUCAGCACACAGUGUUUAACGCGAUAGCGUCCACGUGUUUUAUGUAAAAUUAAUAUUUGAUGGCUUUUACAGUGAAACUCAAACGGAAGCAUACCCGGAAGUGUGUCUCGGUAUUAUGAGACGUUCACGGCGAUCCGACACGAUGCGACCGAUGAACAAAUUAAGUUAGUUGCUGACACUUCUAGUUUUCCAGGCUCAUGUCGGCUGUUCAUGUUUAUGUUUCAAGAUUCAUUUGAUUUUAAAGUCUAUCAAAGAACACGGCGUGAAGACCACUUCUCGAUCAACAACUGUAUUUUCAAAUAAUGCUGCGUGGAUCGGGAGGCAACUAGAAGCCCACGAUGAAUCCACGCGCCCUGUCACUGAGAGCCCUGCUGGUUCUGGGGCUUUGGCACACCGGGAGACGAUGUGUGGCCUCGGCCGAAGAGCUGCAAGUUCAGCCCAACAAGAUCGCUGUGAUCGGAGCAGGCAUUGGAGGCACAUCUGCAGCGUUUUACCUGAGGCAGGAAUUCGGAGCCGGGGUGAAGAUCGACGUGUUCGAACCAGGCGCCGUUGGCGGACGACUCGCGACCGUGAAGAUGGGAGAUUACGAGUACGAGACGGGAGGCGCAGUCAUCCAUCCUCUAAACCUUCACAUGAAGCACUUCAUUGAAAAACUAGGUAUUCCUGCGAGGAAAGAGGUCCCCUCUAAAAUGGCAAUCUUUGAUGGAAAGGAGCUCACGUUUGAAGAGAGCGACUGGUUCAUAGUCAAUUUCCUGCGAAUGCUCUGGCGAUUUGGGUUCAGCUUUCUCCGAAUGCACAUGUGGGUGGAGAGUGUUUUGGACAAAUUCAUGAGGAUCUACCAGUACCAGCAGUAUGGUUACUCGUUCUCCAGUGUGGAUAAGCUCCUCCAUGCCAUGGGCGGCGAUGGUUUCCUUACUCUGCUCAAUCAGACCCUGGAGGAAGCGAUGAUGGGCCAAGGAUUCUCACAAGUCUUCCUCAACGAUAUUGUCACACCCAUCGCUCGUGUCAACUACGGCCAGAGUGUCCGCAUCAAUGGUUUUGUGGGGGCCGUGUCAUUAGCUGGAGCGGAUCCAGGCUUGUGGGCGGUGGAUGGAGGCAAUAAGAGAGUGUGCUCAGGACUCCUGUACCACAGCAAAAGUGAGCUCAUCCCCGCCCGAGUGACCUCCAUCUCAUUCAAAGUUCGACCAUCCAAGACAGGAACCACAACCAGUUUUUAUGAGGUUAACUAUGUUGGUGAAUCGGGCUCGGCACACUCCCUGUAUGACAUAGUGGUGAUAGCUACACCGCUUCACCAGGGGAAGUCUGACAUCACCUUCUCAGGCUUCUCUCCCCCGAUCCCGUCUCAUUAUCCCGGACGUUACCACCAGACGGUCUGCACCCUGGUCCACGGCCUGCUGAACGUGUCCUUCUUGGGGAGCACGAAGCCAGCCUCCGAGUUUACCGUGUCGGAAAUCCUCACCACGGACUCGAAGGACUCCGUCAUCAACAGCCUGAGUUCCCUCGACCCCGUGCGCAUCCCUCCGGGUUACAAGCGCCCCCCCGCCAGCCAGAGCAGCGUCUGGAAGGUGUUCUCCCCGCAGCCGCUGUCCCAGGAGCAGCUGCGGAACAUGUUCCUCAGCUGGGAUUCGGUGUCGGAAACCACGUGGCUGGCCUAUCCGUCUUACCGGCCCCCGCACCGCAAGACGCCCCCCUUCGUCCUGCACGACCGGCUGUACUACCUCAACGCCGUGGAGUGGGCGGCGAGCGCCAUGGAGAUGAGCGCCAUCUCGGCCAGGAACGCGGCGCUGCUGGCCCACCACCGCUGGCACCUGCAGGUCGGCAACGUCGACCAGGAAGACCUGCACACCCGGCUGCGAAGUGAACUCUGAAGUCUGGGGGGGGGGGGGGGGGCUGUAAAGUCGUUACGAUGCUUUCAAUGUGCUCGCGGAGAAGCCUGUCAGGGCAAAUCCAAAUUCAGGUUCUCACAACAUGAUAACGGUUCAAUACCGAACCGCUUUUAUUGUUGUAGUGGCGGUCGUCAUUUCCAAUGUUUACUCCGCAGUGGAGACUGCUGCUGUCAAGUCUGACGAGGCAAAAAAAAAAAAACCACA